CUCUCUCACUAUACAGCUUUGGUAGCUGCUACUAUUGCAGUCGACGACUAGCUAGAUAGCUCUCGUCUCAUAUGAGCUUAUUAAUCGGCUUCAUCAUUCGUAGAACAAGCAAGCAGUAACUAAUAACUAACUGGCCGGCUUGUUGAGGAACCAGCCACGCCUAGCUAGCUGAGACAGGUAGCAUAUGGACAUGGAUAGCUGGCUCCAUGGCUACGCCACCACCAACGCGGCCGGCAACAACGGCUUCAUGUGCGGCUACGCUGCCAGCAGCUGCACCCCUGCAGAGCUGCAGUUCAUGGAGGGCGAGCAGCAGCAGUUUCUCAUCAGCUCGCAGAUUCAGCACCACCUCAACCAGAUCAGCAUGCGCAUGAACAUGGACGACGAAGCAGCAGUCUACGUGUCUUCAAACGACGGCGACAUGCACGAUCGAUAUCCUAUCGUGGAAGGCCUCCUCGACGACCCGCACCACGCCGGCACCUGCAGCUUCCCUUCGUUCUCCUCCUCCUCGAUCUCGCUGCCUGCCUCCGCCUCCCUGUCCUGCAGCCCGGCGAGCUCCUCGGCGCACAUCCUCGCCGCGCCAGCAGCUGCGGCCGGCGGCUGCAACCAGCAGUACCCGGAGGUCUCCUCGCACGUGCCACUGUUACCACCACCACCACCGGCGCCGCACGCGGUGCCAGCAUCUUACGACCACCAGUACACCAACCGUCACGCGCCGGAGUCGCCGGCCAAAACCACCACCGGUGCGUUCAAGCACUACGCGCGGCACCUUGGUCCGAAGAGGCCGCCGAAGCCCGGCGCGUGCGGGCAGAGGAUGUUCAAGACGGCCAUGUCGGUGCUGUCCAAGAUGCACGUGGCGGCGAGGUACAGCCAGCAGCAGUACUACUACCAGGCGGCCGCCGCCGCCGAGGCGGCGCAGCCACCGUCGGUGAACCAGCUGCAGCACAUGUUCUCGGAACGCAAGCGGCGAGAGAAGCUCAACGAUAGCUUCCACGCCCUCAGGGCCGUCCUUCCCCCUGGUGCCAAAAAGGACAAGACGUCGAUACUGAUCAGGGCAAGGGAGUACGUGAGAUCGCUGGAGGCCAAGGUGGCCGAGCUCGAGGAGAAGAACAUGUCGCUCGAGUCACGGCUGACCCGCCACGACGGCGGCCGCAGCAAGAACGGCGGCAGUGGCGGCGACGACCACGACUCCGGCGAGACGACGAAGGUGCAGGUCGAGAUAACCAGGGCGGCGAACGAAGAAACGACUUUCACGCUGACGAUAGCCGUGAGGUCGUCGUCGCCGUGCAACAUGACGGACGUGGUGGUCCGGACGCUGCAGUGCCUGAAAGAGCAGAUCGGAGAUGGCGUCAGCCUGGUGGCAAUGAGCACCAGCACCAGCGGCGGCGGUGGCGCUGGGCCUGCAGCUACCGGAGUGAAGAACGCCUCUCCACGAGCUGUCCUGACGAUGCAAAUCAAGUCUCCGGGAAUCGACUGGGAGGAGCAGCCGGUCAAGGACGCCGUGGCGAAGGUCGUCGCCGACGCGCUGACGACGACGACGACAUCCGCGGCGGCCACCACCGGCAGCAGCUGCUUCGUCGAGGCUUCUCAACUCAUCAGCUAAUAAUAACCAUCCGGCCGGCCAGCACACACGCCGUUCGUGCGUACGUGCAGAUGCAGCUGUGAGACACGCACGCCGCCGCUAACCGAGAAGGAACCAAAAGACUGGACGACACGCCCCGGCGCCCGUGGAUCUUGACACCUACGAGACCAGCAACCAACCCACCAUUAUACUGUUAGCAGCUGGUCCGGCCCAGGUCAAAGCCGCGCGCGGCCGGGCGAAUGGAUCAGACACACGGCCGGACACCAUUAAUUGGCAGCAGAAGCUUAAUUAGAGAGCAUCAUCAGGCAGGGACUACGUACUGGCAUCAGGAGAAAGAAGAAGUGUCAACCUAGGACCAUUUUUUCUUCUUCAAUGACGACGUAUGGCAGAUGUUGACGGGUCGAAAGAUGAUGCAGACGAUGACGACAAAUUAUUAUUAUUAUUAAUUACAUACUUUCUUUAUUUUAAAUUAUAAGAUGUUUUGAUUUUUUUUUAGAUAUUUAGCUUUAAUUUACUAUGUAUUUAGAUGUAUGUAUAUCAUGUAUGUCUAGAUAAAGGUAAAAUCAAUGUAUAAAAAAAAUCAAAACAUCUUAUAAUUUACUACGGAGAGGAAGUGCUGAUGAUCUAUGGAAAAGUACACAGACCCUGCAUAGUACUCAUUAGCAGUAAGCAGUUGCAGCUAGGAGUAACUAAUAACAUGUGUCAGCUGUCAACCUUAAAACUUUUCAGUCGUUUCUUUAGCUAUUUAUUAAUCUGGAACUCUCUGAUUGCAUAUUAGAGCCUUAGAGAGGAGUGUGACUGUGACUGUAUGUGUUUAUAUUAG